AUGGCCUACCAAGGCUCUGGCUCGCACUCGCCGAGCUACGAUGAUAAUCAUCGUCUGCAGGAUGUCCCUGCAUCGCAAUAUCGCGAGGAUGAAGAUGCGGCGCGUGGCCUGCUCUCGCAACAGCAGGGCCCCUUUGCGACUCCCUUUGAUGACCCUAGCUCCCGUGGGCCCUCUCCCCAGCGUCGGGCCUCUGGAUACAGUUUGACCGAGACCUACGCCGCGGACUCUGCACCUUCCUACAACGACCCCUACAGUGCUGGCUCUGUUUAUUCUGGCCACGAGGAAAGCCCCGCUGCGGCCUUUGGUGUCCCUGGCCGCGUCGCGUCGCCCUAUGCUCGCAGCGAGACAUCAUCCACAGAGGCAUGGCGCCAGCGACAAGCUCCUGGAGGUACCCAACCUGGCGGCGGCGGUCUGCGUCGAUAUGCCACCAGGAAGGUCAAGCUGGUCCAGGGCUCCGUCUUGAGUGUCGACUACCCCGUGCCUAGUGCAAUUCAGAACGCCAUUCAGGCCAAGUACCGGAACGAUGUAGAGGGCGGAACUGAGGAGUUCACCCACAUGCGAUACACCGCGGCUACUUGUGACCCGAAUGAGUUUACCCUCCACAAUGGUUACAACCUGCGUCCCGCCAUGUACAACCGUCACACCGAGUUGCUUAUCGCCAUUACCUACUACAACGAAGACAAGAACCUCACAGCGCGUACCCUUCACGGUGUGAUGCAGAACAUUCGCGACAUUGUGAACCUCAAGAAAUCCGAGUUCUGGAACAAGGGUGGUCCCGCGUGGCAGAAGAUUGUGGUUGCGCUCGUGUUUGACGGUAUCGACCCUUGCGACAAGGACGUUUUGGAUGUUCUUGCCACCGUGGGUGUGUACCAGGACGGUGUCAUGAAGCGUGAUGUUGACGGAAAGGAGACCUUGGCUCAUAUCUUCGAAUACACCACCCAGCUCUCCGUCACACCUAGCCAGCAGCUUAUUCGCCCCACUGAUGACGGUCCUAGCACACUUCCCCCUGUGCAGAUGAUGUUCUGUUUAAAGCAGAAGAACAGCAAGAAGAUCAACUCGCAUCGCUGGUUGUUCAAUGCCUUCGGCCGUAUUUUGAACCCCGAGGUCUGUAUUCUUCUGGAUGCUGGUACGAAACCAGGUCCUAAGUCUCUGCUCUAUCUCUGGGAGGCCUUCUAUAACGACAAGGAUCUUGGUGGUGCUUGUGGUGAAAUCCACGCCAUGUUGGGUAAGGGUUGGCGUAAUCUGAUCAACCCUCUCGUGGCCGCCCAGAACUUCGAGUACAAGAUCAGUAAUAUCUUGGACAAACCGCUGGAGAGUUCGUUCGGUUAUGUUAGUGUCUUGCCCGGUGCGUUUUCGGCGUAUCGAUUCCGUGCGAUCAUGGGCCGUCCGCUCGAACAAUAUUUCCACGGUGAUCACACCCUGUCCAAACAGCUUGGUAAGAAGGGUAUUGAAGGUAUGAACAUUUUCAAGAAGAACAUGUUCUUGGCCGAGGAUCGAAUUCUAUGCUUCGAGUUGGUUGCCAAGGCAGGCUCUAAGUGGCAUUUGACGUACGUCAAGGCCUCCAAGGGUGAAACCGAUGUGCCCGAAGGUGCUCCCGAGUUCAUUUCCCAGCGUCGUCGUUGGCUGAACGGUUCCUUCGCUGCUGGUAUUUACUCGCUGAUGCACUUCGGCCGUAUGUACAAGAGUGGCCACAACAUCAUUCGCAUGUUCUUCCUCCACAUUCAGUUGUUGUACAACAUCUUCAACACUUUCCUCACCUGGUUCUCCCUGGCUUCAUACUGGUUGACCACCACUGUCAUUAUCGACUUAGUCGGUACUCCAAGCAAGAACAACGACUACACUGCGUUCCCCUUCGGCAAGUCCGCGACUCCUAUCAUCAACACCAUUAUCAAGUAUGGAUAUCUGGCUUUCCUCCUGCUUCAGUUCAUUCUUGCGCUCGGUAACCGGCCCAAGGGAUCCAAGUUCUCGUACCUCGCCUCGUUUAUCGUAUUUGGUCUGAUUCAGCUUUACAUUGUGGUCGACUCGAUUUAUCUUGUUGUCCGCGCCUUCAGCGGUGGUGCGCCCAUGGACUUCGACACAACUCACGGCGUUGGCGCCUUCCUCAGCUCUUUCUUCGGAUCAACUGGCGCUGGUAUCAUUAUCAUUGCCUUGGCUGCCACCUUCGGUCUGUACUUCGUUGCCUCGUUCAUGUACGCCGACCCGUGGCACAUGUUCACCUCAUUCCCCGCCUACAUGGUCGUCCAGUCCUCCUACAUCAACAUCCUCAACGUCUACGCUUUCAGUAACUGGCACGAUGUCUCCUGGGGUACCAAGGGUUCUGACAAGGCCGAUGCGCUGCCAUCAGCCACGGUUACCAAGGACGAAGGCAGUAAAGAUGCGGUGAUUGAGGAAAUCGACAAGCCUCAAGCAGAUAUUGACAGUCAGUUCGAGGCUACUGUCAAGCGCGCUCUAACGCCCUAUGUCGCCCCAGUGGAACACGACGAGAAGAGCUUGGAAGACUCUUACAAGAGUUUCCGUACUCGCCUCGUCACCCUCUGGAUUUUCAGUAAUGGCCUCAUGGCAGUUUGCAUUACCAGCGAGUCCGUCGACAAGUUUGGAUUCACCAACACUGCCACCGACCGUACAGCCCGUUUCUUCCAGGCUCUCCUGUGGUCCAAUGCCGUUGUCGCGCUGUUCCGUUUCAUCGGUUGUUGUUGGUUCUUGGGUCGCACUGGUAUCAAGUGCUGCUUCGCCCGCCGGUAA